AUGGCGGAAAACGGGAAACGCCAGAGCCGAGAAGGGGACGACUCAAACAUGGAGAAGGCCGAGGAAAAGCGCGAGAAAUCGGUUUCCGAUUCAAGCUCCACGGCGGGAUCUGUCCAUGUAGCAAAGGUUGAGAAGGAGAGCGCUCUCGCCGACAGCGACCACGACCAAUCCACCUCAGCACAUCCCGAUGGUGGCUUCAGCUCUUCCGACUUCGACACCGAAGAGGCCAAGGUCGCGGUCCCCGGCCACGAUCUCGAUGUCGAGCUCGCGCAAGUGAGUUCGCCCUUCACCGCCACCAUGACCCCUUGGUCCCUCUCCUCCAUCCCCGAAACAGACCACUCACCAGACCCCCAGCACCACGGCACCGCGGCCGAGCUCUCGCGCAGCAACACGCGCAACAGCACCAGGUCGCGCAUCUCGCGCAUCAUCUCGCGGAAGCGCACCGUCGAGCGCGAGCGCAUCCCACACGCGCCCAUCCCCCUGUCCAACCUCGACGAGGGCGUGGUCGGCUGGGAAUCGCAGGACGACCCGGCCAUGCCCCUCAACUUCCCUUCCCGCAAGAAGUGGCUGAUCGUCGGUCUGCUGUCGGGUAUCACCCUGCUGACCCCCUUCGCCUCGUCCAUCCUGGCCCCCGGCAUCUCCAACCUCAGCAAGGAGUUCGGUAACACUAACCAGGUUAUCGGCGCCAUGACCGUCAGUGUCUACCUGCUGGGCUACGUCAUUGGCCCCCUGUUCCUGGCCCCCCUGAGCGAGCUGUAUGGCCGCCGCCCAGUGCUCGCCGUUGCGAACGUGUUUUUCUGCUUGUGGUUGAUUGGGUGUGCGCUGGCGCCGUCGAUUGAGUCGUUGAUCGUGUUCCGCUUCUUUAGUGGCAUUGGUGGAUCAGGGUGUCUGACCCUCGGAGCGGGCGUCAUCGCGGACGUGUUCAGAACCGACCAACGAGGUUCUGCCAUUGGCAUGUACACCCUUGGGCCUCUGAUCGGCCCGACGGUUGGCCCCGUCCUUGGUAGCUGGCUCUCCCAAACCAUCGGCUGGCGCUGGGACUUCUGGAUCGUCUUCAUCAUCUCGGUCAUUGUCGUCGGCCUGUUCGAGCUGUUCACCACCGAGACCAACCCGCGCAUCCUGAUCAAGCACAAGGUCGCGCGCCUGCAAAAGGAGCUCAACCGCACCGACCUGCGCAGCUGCUACGACACCCCCGGCGCCGAGAAGCAGACGCCAACCCAAACCCUCAUCAACGGCCUCAUCCGCCCGACCAAGAUGCUCUUCCUGUCGCCGACCGUCUUCUUCAUCUCGCUCUACCUCGCCUUCGCCUAUGGCACGCUGUACCUGCUCUUCACCACGAUCCCGACCGUCUUCCAGCAGACGUACGGCUGGAGCGUCGGCAUCACGGGCCUGGUGUACAUCUGCCUCGGCGUGGGCAACGUGAGCGGCUGGGCCGUCAUCACGGCGACGUCGGACCGCGGCGUGGUUAAGCGCACCCGCGCCAACGGCGGCGUCUUUGAGCCCGAGAUGCGCCUGCCCCUGAGCAUCUACUUCAGCUUCCUCCUGCCCGUCACCUUCUUCUGGUACGGCUGGUCCACCUACUACCGCACCCACUGGAUCGUCCCCGUCUUGGGUCUGUUUCCCUUUUCGUUUGGCGUCAUCGGCAUUUUCCUGCCGCUCAUGACCUACCUGGUCGACUCCUUCCCGGUCUAUGCCGCCUCGGCCAUGGCCGCCAACACCGUCUUUCGCAGUCUGGUCGAUAAUCUGCAUCCUAAUAGGUGCAUGCCAGUAUUUGUUCAGCUCUGCUGCUUGACAUCUGGACUGCUUACCCCUCGAUGUGCGGCAUGGUUCUGCAAAUCCGGCAUGGGCCGAACCCACCUCCAGGCUCCCAGACAAGCUGGCCAGAAGCCUUCCCUCCCGUCCAAAUAUCGAGUUAUGAACAAAACAUCACCAUCAACCGGCACAUCACAAUCCAGCAUGCAGAUUUCCCCCAUAUGGCGCUCGCUCCCGGACGAUCUAGCCGAGCAGGUCUUCGCCCUCCACGUCAACACCCACUUCUUCACCGACCCAGCCUACACCUGGACCCAGCUCCGCCAGCUCUCGGCGCACCAGAAGCGCGUGAUCGAACUCCGCUUCCGUGCCUACUGGCUCCCCAAGCUGAGCAUCAGCCUGUACGCCAGCGCCUCGCACAGGUUCGACUACGGGAUGGACGAGGCCGCGCAGCAGACUACCACCACCACCACCGCCACUACCGCCACCACCGCCAGCCUCGGUGACGAUGGUAGCGUGGUGUUUUCCAUGCAGCGGCAGGUCCACAGCCCGCUGGUGGGGAUCAGCCAGGACUUGGGACUGGGAAGGUACACGAGGACAUACCUGCGCAAGGCCUGGGUCAUGUACAAUCGGGUGGAGUACAGAAAUGUUACGGUGCGGCUGGGCGAGGGCGUGCUGAGUGGUGGGUGCCGCGGCGGGUACAUCCUCAACGACACCCAUCUUCCCGGGGUGGAGUUGUUGGAGGGUGGGGGGAUUCGGUUUGACUGGAAGGGGGCCGUUGAUGAGCUGCUGCGUGAAGAAAUGUACAUGCGGAGGGAGGGGGAGAAAAUGUUCGACGCCGCCUGCGAGGAGUGGCUGGCCAACAAUCCCCAGCACCUCCCUGGUACCGACAAAGAGAAACGCGGAUCCCCACCCCUGAACAUCCAGGCCACAUCCAAGUGGCUGCAUGGUCAGGAGCCGGAUUAUGUACCCCUCGACGCGGUCCGGCGUUGGCUGUUUGUUGCUUGCCCUCGAGAGCAACCGCCUGACAUCUUCGAGGUGGCCGAGGUCGAAGAGUCGGUUGUGCCGAUGAUGCAGAUAUUCCAGACAUGGGUUCGGCAGCAGCCGUGUGCUGCUGAGAAUGACCUAGAAAAGGCUUCCCGUGACGACGAUAUGGUUCCGACUCACACAAUUAUCGAUUUGUAUCGUAAAGAGUUCGCCUGGCGCGCCUGGAUCAGAUACUCCAAGAGGGAUGAGCACGACGAUCGCCGGCUAGACGAGGAUACAGAUGACGAGUUUAUGGAUUGUGGACAGAACUGGACAGGCCCUCAGGCGCUCUUGUUAGGUGACGAGAAGGUCAGACACGACGUAAACAUCCGCGAGUCACCGAAACAGAGGAAAAACAUCCUCAUCGCCGAGAUCAAGACAUCAUUUCGCGACCUCGUCAACCACACCGCCGCCCCGGUCGACAGCACAGCCUGGACGGGCCAAACCGCCUACAACAGCCUGGCCAUGGGCGCCAAAAUGAGCAGCAUAAUAAAAUCAACCGAAGACCUCCUCUCCCUGACGCGCAAGGUCCGCGAGCUCUGGCUGAUCGGCGCGCUGAAGCCGCCCGGCGCGCAGGACGCCGCGGCCGAGCAGGCCAUGCAGCAGGACGCCGAGCAGGUCUUCGCCAUGCUCAACGCCCUCCGCGACCGCCAGCGCCAGGCCAUGCUGCAGCAGGCCCCCGGUGGCGGCUUCACCUACGAGCAGGGCGCCGUCGACGGGCCCGCCCCGCCGCACCAGCCGUCCCAACCCCAGCCGCAGUCCCAGCCCGAGAACGGGGUCUCCCAGGGCCCCGCGCAGGCGUUGCCGAACAUCAGUAACGGCCAAGCGCAACAGCAACAACCCGCUGGCGCGCUGCCGCGGCCGUCAGUUCAGCAGCUUUAG